AUGACCAUCCCCGUCAUAUGUACCUUAACAGAUUUGCAUUCAAAUGUAGUCUCAUCAGUAGAAAGACUUUUGAUAAUAACCUUAGGCACACCUGUAUCGGCGCUGGAGGACUAUAAACCCAGCACCGAGUCAACCAGAAGCACACUGCAGUCUCCACCUCCUGACACCAUGUUGCGUCUCUCAUUCCUUCUAGCCAAUGUGCUCUCGUUGGUGCUGUGCCGGAGUCUUCCCAGUAACCGGGAUGAGGACCUGGUCUGCCCCGACGGAUGGACGUUGCUGGAGUCCUCGUGCUUCCUGGUGACAAAAUCGUCCGGCAACUGGUUCGAAGGCCAAGACUUCUGCCACAGCUUGGAGGCCUCGCUAGCCACUGUGUCCAGCGCUUCCCAACAAAAAGCGCUCUCGGGUAUAUUGAGUGGAGACACCUGGAUUGGCCUCAUCAGUCCGUUUGGUAACCAUAUUUACUCAUGGAGUGACGGAAGCCCCUUCGAGUUCUCCAGCUGGGCAGAAGGUGAACCCAGCACCUCGGGAAUCCCUUGGGGCUUCAGUAACAUCGAAGCCUGCGUCGAAAUGCGACAGGAGUUCCACUAUCACUGGAAUAACGCUUACUGUGGGGACGUUAAGCUAUUUACGUGCAGCCGCCCAGCUGACCCAGCGUCUACCACCACCACUGCUGCACACUCCUGUAAGAAAGGAUGGGAGAUUCACGAGUUGUCUUGCUACCUGGUGAGUGAAACUACUACGUCCUGGAAUAAUGCCAAGAACAGGUGCUAUGUUCUCGGGGGCGUGCUGGCCUCCAUCAACAGCGAGGACGAGCAGACGUUCGUGAGCGGUCUGUUGACUCGCAGCGCCUGGAUUGGUCUCAGCGAUCAUGUCACUGAAGAGGAAUAUGUCUGGGUGGACGGCAGUCCUUUUAACUACAGCAGCUGGCAGGACGGGGAGCCCAGCAACUCGUACUUGUACCUGACCCUCGGCUUGGGCGAGGGAUGCGUCGAGAUGAAGCAGGAGUACGCCUACCGCUGGAGCGACGAGGUCUGCUUUACUUCAAAGGCGUUUGUGUGCGAAAGACCUGCAGAGUGA